AUGGUGAAAGAUUGCCGCACGCUGUCGUGCAGGGGGACUGGGGAGCGCUUGUUCAUGAAUCGGAAAAGGCCGCCUUGCGGCUCUGCUCCGACAGUGUGCGGCGUGAAGUGGGUCCGAGGGUGGAAGAUCGGUUUGUGUGACGCGCUGGGCGGGGUUCACCAUCUUCCGCAGCUUCUCGCGGUCGUGGACGGGACAGCCUCCACGCCGGGCAGUGGUGCACCCUGGGAGAAUGCUUUCUACGGUGCGCCGUCUGUCACCGAUGACUUAUCUCCCUCUGUGCAGAUCACCCUGGCCUGUGGAAUCCCAGAGGUUUCGACUCGGAAGCUGCGAUCGAAACGAUCUGGUAGAUCAGAUAACUGUUCGUCUUCAGAAUACGUUCCACGCGGGAAGAACUACUGCUGCAAUAAGUGCACUCGGGGUCACUACGUGAAGUCGGACUGUGGUGGCCAUGGCCUACGGACAGAGUGUGCUCGCUGUAGGAACGGGACGUUUUUGGCCGCCGAAAACUCUCUCCGGAAGUGCAAAUCGUGCACCGUGUGUGAUGAGUCAGUGCUCAACCAGAUCGAGCUGCGGACCUGCGAGGCGGGACUGGACCGCGAGUGCGGCUGCCCGAAGAACAUGUACAAGAGGUGGCUGGACGAUACCACGUUCAGCUGCGAGAACUGCACCCUCUGCCGGUUGCCCCCCCUCCGACUGUGUGAGUGACACCCUCCACUC